GCUUCGUCGUCCAUCUGUAAUUGCUAUCUCUGGUAUCGAAAAGAAAAGAAGGAAAAUUGCUGUUAUUUCUUCCCUCGCUAAUGGAACCUGUUGUUGUGGUUGCGGUUCUUUCGGUUGUUCUUGGAGCUCUGAUCGCUUUCAUUUUCUUUAGAAAUUAUCUUCUUAAACAAAGAUCCGAAGUCCAAGCCAUUGCAAAACCGGAGCUUCAUUCAGAGCCCAAAAAGCAAUCAAAGCCGCCUCAAUCUAUCUCUAAAAAGUCUCACCCUAAAUCUCAUUCUCACGCCUCUGACAAGGAUUCAAACAAGCGUCAUCAUCCAUUGGAUUUGAAUACUCUUAAAGGUCAUGCGGAUUCGGUCGCAGGGUUAUGCUUCUCCCCUGAUGGUCAUAAUUUGGCAACAGCUUGUGCUGAUGGAGUGGUCAGGGUAUAUAAGCUGGAGGAUGCUUCAAGUAAAAGUUUCAAGUUUUUAAGAAUUAAUCUGCCUGCUGGAGGUCAUCCGCUAGCUGUUGCCUUUUCUGACGAUGCAUCUUCUAUAGUUGUUGCUUCUCAGGCUAUGAGUGGUUGUUCCUUGUAUAUGUAUCAAGAAGAAAGACCGAAAACAACUAAUGAUCCCAAGCAGCAGACAAAACUUCCUCUUCCACAAAUUAAGUGGGAACACCACAAAAUCCAUGACAAACAGGAAAUCCUGACCUUAACUGGUGCUACUGCAAGUUAUGGAACUGGAGAUGGGAGUACCAUUAUCGCCUCUUGUGCAGAAGGUACUGAUAUCAUACUUUGGCAUGGAAGAACCGGGAAAGUUUUAGGGCAUGUCGACACUAAUCAAUUAAAAAAUAACAUGGCUACUAUAUCACCAAAUGGCCGUUUUCUUGCUGCUGCAGCCUUUACAGCAGAUGUGAAGGUGUGGGAGAUUGUGUAUUCGAAGGAUGGUGCAGUCAAGGAGGUUGUAAAAGCUAUGCAGCUUAAAGGACACAAGAGUGCGGUAACUUGGUUAUGCUUUUCUCCAAACUCGGAGCAAAUUAUCACGGCAUCCAAGGAUGGUUCGAUAAGAAUUUGGAACAUCAAUGUUCGAUACCAUCUUGAUGAGGAUCCGAAAACUUUGAAGGUGUUUCAAAUACCACUUCAUGAUUCAAGUGGUUCUGCUUUGCACUAUGACCGUCUCAGCUUAUCUCCUGAUGGCAAGAUACUGGCAACAACUCAUGGUUCAACAUUACAGUGGCUGUGCAUCGAAACAGGAAAGGUCUUGGAUACAGCUGAAAAGGCCCAUGAUGGUGAUAUUACAUGGAUUACGUGGUCACCUAAGCCUAUACCGCUAGGAAAUGAACGAGUGGUGGUUCUGGCUACAGCAAGUGUUGACAAGAAAGUGAAAUUGUGGUUAGCACCACCCGUAAAUUCUUCAUGAGCAACUCAUUUUGCGUAGAAUUUC